UGGCAACACUAGUGUAGUCCAGAGGAGAAAAGUAAAAUCAGCAUAAAUCCAGAAAAUUUUCUUUAUUUUUCCAAUUACAACAAAAUUACCUCAUUGCUAAAUACUAAACGUUAAGCUGAAAAACUUAAAAAAUUCUAAAUAACCGUGUAAAAAUGACUGGCUCGUUUAGUGUUAAAAUAAAAUCGAAGAACGGCCAAUUCAUUGUGAAGGACUUGACUGCUAAAACAACGAUUGGCGAAUUGAAAGCAAAAGUUUCACAAUUAACUGAAGUGAAGGAACCACAAUUGCACAUACUCGCUGGUUUUCCGCCUCGUCCAUUAGAUUUAUCGCAAAAUGCACAUUCUAUAUCGACGAUAGGAGUUAGCAGUGGUGAAACAUUAAUUGUCGAAGAGAAACCAGCAAAUACAGCCGCUUAUUGCUUAGAGGAUGAUGAAGCCCUUGCGCGUAGAUUGCAAGCCGAAGAAGAGGAAGAGCAACUACGUCAAGUAGUUGCUGAAGCUACAAGGACAGAAGGUGCCAAUGGUCCACAAGCACCCGUUGAACUUCCAAGUGGUUCCAGCGGAAAUUUUAAUGGAAUUUUACUCAAAAAGGUUGUACCGGCAGAUAAUUCUUGCCUUUUUACGAGCAUACGUUUUGUGUUAAAUGGCAAAAUCGACAAUGAAGGCAGUGAAAUGAUGCGACAUAUUAUUGCUCAAGUUGUAUCUGCUGACCCACAAGAAUUUAAUGACGCUGUUUUGGGCAAGUCAAAUUCUGAAUAUUGCACAUGGAUACAAAAACCCGAUUCGUGGGGAGGUGCAAUUGAAGUUUCAAUACUCUCCAACUAUUAUGGCAUAGAGAUCGAUGUUGUAGAUAUACAAAAUGCUAUUAUUAAUCGUUUCGGUGAGGAUAAAAAUUAUGGACUACGAGUCUUUCUACUCUUCGACGGUAUACAUUACGAUCCCUUAUACAUGGAAACAGUAGGUGGCGGUGCACCUGCAACAAUAUUUCCAAUCGAAGAAUUGGGUGUAUAUCAUCAAGCGGAACAGUUAGCUAACGAAGCAAAAUCAUCAAGACAAUUUACCAAUGUUGAUAAAUUUUCUCUGCGUUGCUUGCAGUGCGAUGUUAUGCUGGUUGGUCAAGUGCAGGCACAGCAACAUGCUAAGUCGACCGGUCAUACUAAUUUUGGGGAAAUUUAAUACGCCGUAAUAUUUAGUUCGCUCUAUUUCUUCGCUUUCUUCGUAUUCGCCUAUUACGUACUCACAUCCUAAGACUUGUGAUUCACAGAUUGAAUAAAAUUAUAUAAGAGAGACCAGAGACAAACGAAGGGUCGUCCGGUUUUCUUAUAAUUUUCACAAAAUUGUCAUCAUAGCUGCGUUAGAACUUCACAUCUCAUGACAUUACUUAUUAUUUUUAAAUGAAAUUGUUAAUUUCUGGAUAUUUGUUAACCCAGUUUAAAUCUGCAAAAAAAUAAUAAUAUUUUGAACGUUUCAUAUAACGUUCUAUAGUAGCUUAGCUAAUCCAAAAAGUAGCAUAAAUUGCUUCAAGCCAGAAUUUUAAGUAUAUUUAAGAUGUUUACAAAUAGUUUGAAAUUAAUAACAAAUUACUCUGGUUUGCAAAUAUGUAA